AUGGGUACUGCACAUCAUCUCCCUUACCAAAGGUCUAAUCCUACAUUUUCCAAUAACUCUCUCCUCAAACGUCUUUCAUGCAAUGUCUACGUGACAAACUUUCCUUCCCACUUUAUUGUUCGAGAACUCUGGAAUACGUGUGAUCGAUUCGAGAAAGUUAUUGAUGUCUUUAUCCCCAAUAAACGAUCAAAAUUGGGGAAACCUUUCGCCUUUUUGAAGUUAAUUGCAAACAUUGCUCAUUUCAAUCGACAUCAGACAAUCAUAUGCAAAUGCUAUUCGGGGAAACAUUUGAAGACUGAUCAUGACUUGCCUUAUCUAGUUCUUGACAAAAGUUGUAUUAAUUUCAAAGACGAUCCCUUAAUUCGAGGACUUUGGGUUAUGCUGAAGUUACAAUCUAUUCAGGCAUUUCAUAAUUUCAAACGACAUGAAGGCAUAAAUUCUUGGUUCUCUCAAAUUUCGAAGUGGACUAAAGAUUUUGUGGUUCAAGAUCGUGUACUAUGGGUUGAUAUUGAGGGACUCCAAUUCAUGCUUUGUCUCACCGUUCCUUUAUGAGGAUUGCUUCUAAAUGGGGAGAGUUACUUUUCACAGAAGAUUCUAAAGGAGCUAUCGCUAUAGAUUGCGUUUGUGUAUUAAAAUGAAAGAUUCACAGAGUAUCUUGGAGUCUUUUAAGGUGAUUCUUCAAGGUAGAGUCUUCAUGGUUCGGACUAAAGAGGUUACAGGUUAGAUUCCAGAUUUUGUAGAAGAUGAUUCAAAAUUUAAAGUUGAUGAAGAUGAUUCAAAAUUUAAAGUUGAUGAAGAUGUUGAUUGUGAAAAUUCUUACCAUGUGAAUGAAAAUAGGAGGGGGAUUCGUUGGAGAGAAUAAUUUGGUAUAGGUGGAUUCUAGAGUUGAGGAUGAAGAGGUGGAACGAAUACCAGAUUCUUUUAUUAAGCAUUCUUUGAACAUUCCUCAUCAUAAUAACACUUUUAAAGUGUUGCAUGAUCAUUUUGGUCUUGAAGACCCGAUUAAAGAUUCUUAAAGAACGACAAGAUAAAGAUAAUGAUGAUUCGAUACAUCCCUCCAGGAUUUACUCUAAAUAUUUCAGUCCAGUCUGAGCCGGUUGCCAACAUAUCAGAAAAAGUUGCUACUCCUUCUUCCGCAUGUUGUGAUACUGCUGCUGAGGUUAACUUAGUUUCUGGUAGUUCCAACAAGCCUCCUAUAAGGAUUGAUAAGCAGUUUGCUGUAAACCUCGAUCCUGAUGCCAUAACUGCAAAUUUUCGUUAUGUUGAGGGUAAAUUGGGAUGUAAGAUGGUGCAUUCGGUUGAGGAUGGACAAAAGCAGGGGGGAAAAAUUGUUGUUGUUUAUCGUGAGAGCUCCUCGGCUACAAGACCUUUAAGUACUGAUUUGGGUGAUAAUAAUUCUCAGCAUGGUGGCUCUUUCAUCCUUCCAAAGAAACUAGUUAGUAGUGUUUCUUUAUUAGAAAAAUUCAAUGAGUUCGUAGAAGUGGGGCAAUCUAUGGGAUUUACCUUGAAGGGGUGUGAAUAGGAUUUACAUGACUUUCUCAAUAAAAGGGCACGAGACUAUAUGGUUGGAUGAAUUUUGUUUCUCUCAAUGUGCAAGGUUUUAGAACCCAAGACAAAAAAACUUGGGUUAGAAAUAUAUGUAUAAAAAUAGUGUGAAUUUUUUUAUCAUUGCAAGAAACGAAGAUGAGUUAUAUGAAUAUGUUCAAGAUUAAAGUUGUCUGGGGUAAUGCCCAGCUAGAGGUUUGUUUGGUGGUAUCAUUUGUGUUAGGAAUACAAUGUUGUUCUCUAAAUCCAAUGUGAUUUGCUCUGAGUAUUUUAUUGCUAUGGAAGGAAGUUGGAUUCCAACUAAUUUGUAUAUGUUACUCAUUUUUGUUUAUGCUCCUAAGGAGAUCAUUGCUAAAAGGUCUUUAUGGUCUCGGAUUAUUUCUCUUAUCAAUGGAUGGAAUGGUGAAGUGAUUGUGAUGAGGGAUUUUAAUGAGGUUUGUUUUGAGUUUGAGAGACAUAAUUCAAUUUUUCAUAGUCGUCAUACA